CUAUCGCUCAGCCUGGCAGCAGGAGGCUGGCAACAGGCACACUCUCCACUCCAGUCCAGCCUGUGCGCUCCGCCGCCACCAUGGUCGCCGUGCCCACCGCCUGGUGCUCCAUCGCUCUAGCCCUGCUCGUGGCCCUGCACGAAGGCAAGAGCCAGGCGGCUGCCACCCCCCACCUAGAGCAGCAAUUGCCCACGCCCCGUGCCCGAGGCUCCCACCUGCGACCUCGGCGUUGCUCCUGCAGCUCUUGGCUCGACAAGGAGUGCGUCUACUUUUGCCACCUGGACAUCAUCUGGGUGAACACGCCCGGACAGACAGCUCCUUACGGCCUGGGAAACCCGCCAAGACGCCGGCGCCGCUCCCUGCCAAGGCGCUGUGAGUGCUGCAGUGCCAAGGACCCCGCCUGUGCUACCUUCUGCCAUCGAAGGCCCUGGCCUGACGCUGUGGCACUCCCAGGCAGUGUGGCCAAGGUCCAGGCUGGCAAGACAUGGGCCACGGCAGGAGAGCUCCUCCAGCGGCUGAGGGACAUUGCUGCAGCCAGAAUCCGCUUUGCUGGACAACGGCAGGAGGCAACGAGGGAGCCCAGGCCUACCCACUCCAGGCGGAGGAAGAGAUAGCUCUGGAAGCUUGUGUGGAGACGGAAGGAGAGGGCCGUCCCAGGCCUGGGAGACCCUCCACCUGUUUCCUGGGCCAGGAAACCCACCUGCUGGACUUGGUACAAGCUCUGGCCUCCUCGCUCCGGGGAGUGAGCCUCCCUCAUGGCAGCUCCAUGCCCUCACACUGCCCAGGAAAGCCCUCAGGCCCUGGGCUGCAGAGCGGCCUCCCACGCUGGCUCCGGCUCCACGGCCCAGCUGAAAGGAACGGCGUGGGGACCCCGUGCAGAGAGGGGUAACUGUCUGUUGGCUGCAAACCAGGAGUGACACACAGUGGUUGGCGCUCACAGCUAAGCCAGCCCUGGAGGCUGGAUGGGUCUGGCCAGGGCCAAAGUCCCGGCUGGCCCCUGUCUGUCCCCUUCAGCUCUCCUUGCCCAGACUCCCUGUACCCGCACACUCCGGGGACCCUCCUGGUGAGAAGGGUCUGUUCUGCUUCACCUGUCUGUACAUAACUUAUUUGCUCUAAACUUUGAACAUUCUGAGUAUUUAUUUUAAUGUAUUUUUUUAGAAUCUCAGUUACCUGCGAACCUGUGUUUAUAAUA